UGCUUUCUGACAGCUGAUUGUUCAAUCAUGAAUGACACUAAUAUUCCAGUUGCUGUGGCUCUUAUUUGUGGAGGAGUUGGAGUAUUUGUGCUCCUAUAUUGUCUGUUCUGUAAAAAAAAUGGUGGGAAGCAACCAGCAAAAACAAGGAAGAAGUCAAGAACCAAAAGCUCAUCGGAUCCUCCUCCUUCUCCUUCGAAACAAAACGAAAAGAAAGGAAAAGGGAGCUUUAAGUUUCCAAUCAAGAAAGGUGGGCUGAUGCCACACCCUCUCUCAGCUGCUGAUUUUAAAGGCCAUACUGACACUAUUAAUGACAUUGCGUUUGAAUUGGGUGGGAAAUACCUUGUAUCUUGUUCCCAAGACAGGACGGUGAGAUUGUGGCCCAUGAAGACUGUCAGUGAGAAGGAACACAAACACACUCGUCUCAAUAUAGAAGACAGUGACAUUGGCACUAAUGUUGCUUUCAGUCCUGACGGGACUGCUGUCCUGAUGACAACUGCACACAGUAAUGAUGUUAUUGUUUACAAGAUAAUGAAAUCAAAGGGGAAUCUCUCGCUGACCAAUGCUCUUAGUUUCCCUUUGACUGAUGAGACAAAGGAUGAAAGUGUAUUGAGUCUCGAGAUAGCUCCUUCUGGUAAAUUUAUCAUGUCUUGCUCUGAGACAUCAUUCACAUUGUGGACCGUUAAAGGUGUUAAGUUAUGCACAGUAGAGACUAAGCAGUCACCAAACAACAUGGCAACCAUUUCCCAUUGUAGUAAAUUCAUUGCCUGUUGUGGUUUUACAACUGAUGUUAAAAUCUGGGAAGUUGUGUAUUCGAAGUCUGAUGAAUUUCAAAGUGUGAACCGUGCAAUGGAUUUAAAGGGACACUUGGCUGGUGUGGUGUCUGUAUCUUUCUCUCAAGAUUCUAAAAAGGCUUUGACUCUGUCGAAAGAUAUUACUUUCAAGUUAUGGAAUAUAGAUGUAAGCUAUUCAUUAAACGAGGACCCUAGAGUAUUGCUUGAUAUUAGUUUAUCUGUAUCAAUCCCUAUUGAUAUCAACAGUAAAGACAUCAGUACGAUUGCCCUCUCUCCUGAUUCACUGGUAAUUGCUGUCGCCAUUGGUCAUUCCAUAUAUGUCUUUGAUUCUAUCAUUGGGUCACUCCUGGAGUCAUUUGUCGAUGUUCAUAAUGCUGUUAUCACUCGCCUCUUGUUUGACCCCAGUGGACAAUAUAUAGUAUCAUCUGGUGGCAGUGACAAGUUUAUUAGAUUAUGGCACAACACUCCUGGAAUGAAGGAACAAUUGAGAGAUCUCAAGCUACAAAUUUCUUCGACUGGCUCUGAAGCAAUGAAGGUUCGUUUAAGAUCUCAGAUGGAUGAAAUAGAGAAGAAAUUGAAAGAUCUCCCUUCGUCUUAAAUAGGCUCUAUUUUUAGUAGCAGGCGAAUAAUGAUGAAGUGGAUAUUCUAUAAAUAGAAUCUAUUUUUAGUAACACAAAUAAUGACUAUUAAAAAUGACAAAUUCAUAAUGGAGGCCGCGCCUACAGACACGUUGAUUCUUUAUCAUCAAAUCUCAGAAGAAGAGAAGGUAGAGAGAGAUAGAGUCAUGGCGGAGUGUGUCCCAACUCCAGACUCACCAGAGCCUCCAUCAGAUGAGGAGUAUCUCCCCGUGGGGAGUGGAGAAGAAGAGGGAGAGAGUGGAGGUAGUGGUGUGCUCAAGGCUCAGACAAAGGAGCACAGUCGGUACAUAAAGCUAAAUGUCGGUGGUGCACUCUUCACUACGACCCUGGGGACACUUCUCAAGGAAGAUAACAUGCUUAGGGCAAUGUUUAGUGGUAGAAUGGAGCUCCAGACUGACGAAGAUGGAUGGGUACUGAUUGAUAGAAGUGGGAAACACUUUGGAUUAAUAUUGAAUUUCCUAAGAGACGGCUCAGUCGCCCUCCCCGAAUCAAAGAAAGAAUGUACCGAGCUCCUAGCUGAAGCAAAAUUUUAUCUUAUCGAUGAUUUAUCGGAUGCUGUUGAGCUCCAACUGGCCAAAUUGAAAGAUGAGUAUGAGCCAGGCUGUAGAGUGCCGGUCAUAACUUCUCCAGAAGAAGAACACCUCAUUGUAUCGUCAUCAAGCAAACCGGUGGUCAAAUUACUGUAUAAUCGUGGCAGCAACAAAUACUCAUAUACGCCUAAUUCGGAUGACAAUCUUCUCAAGAACAUAGAACUAUUUGACAAACUCUCCGUUCGUUUCUCCUCUAGAA